CCGAGAGGGGCGAGCGCCGGGUGGGCGGGGCCUCCUCGUCCCUGGCCAGCCUGAGAGGAGGGCGCGGGCACAGCGCCGCCUGUCCCCGGAGGACGAGGUCGGAAUCCUGAUCCCGGUGGGUCCCUGCUGUUCUAGCCGCCCAGGCCAGCACCGAGCGCCAUGGCCCAGCCACCGCCCGACGUCAGGGAGGACGAUUGUCUCCCGGAGUACCGCCACCUCUUCUGUCCGGACUUGCUUCGGGACAAGGUAGCCUUCAUCACAGGCGGUGGCUCUGGAAUCGGGUUCCGGAUUGCUGAGAUUUUCAUGCGGCACGGCUGCCACACAGUCAUCGCCAGCAGAAGUCUUCCUAGAGUGUCGAUGGCUGCCAGAAAGCUGGCUGCUGCCACUGGCCAGAGGUGCCUCCCUUUAUCUCUGGAUGUCCGAGCUCCCCUGGCCAUCAUGGCAGCCGUGGAGCAGGCUCUGAAGGAGUUCGGGAAGAUCGACAUUCUCAUUAACUGUGCAGCCGGGAACUUCCUGUGCCCUGCCAGUGCCUUGUCCUCCAACGCCUUCAAGACUGUGAUGGACAUCGACACCUUGGGCACCUUCAACGUGUCUCGCGUACUCUACGAGAAGUUCUUCCAUGACCAUGGAGGGGUGAUCGUGAACAUCACUGCAACCCUGGGUACCCGCGGGCAGGUGCUCCAAGUGCAUGCAGGCUCUGCCAAGGCGGCCGUGGAUGCGAUGACACGGCACCUGGCUGUGGAGUGGGGCCCCCAGAACAUCCGCGUCAACAGCCUUGCCCCCGGCCCCAUCAGCGGCACGGAGGGCUUCCGGCGGCUGGGCAGGGGACAGUGUGCGGCAGAGGAGCUGGUCUGCACCUGCUCUCGGAUCCCUGCGACCUGCCUCCCGCCUGCCCAGCCUGAGCGCCAAACCCGACAAUCCCAGCAGAGUGUCUGAAGCAGAGACUGACCUUUCCUCUAGGAACUGUGCUGCAUCCCCACUCCCUCCCCAUGGCCCUGUCUCCCAUGCAUGGGGGGCAGUGACUAGGCAGUGUGGCUGACCUGCUGACCUGCUCACACAUGCCGGGGAGGUCUGGGUUCCAGCACUUCGAGAGUGUUGAGGAGGCCAGGACGCAGGGGUGUCCCUCUUGCACAACCUAGGGUCAGGGCUGUCCUGCCACCCCAGCCCCUGCCUAGGCUGGCCUCCUUUCCCCUCCUGCCUGCAUCCAGUGGGUGUCCUGAGGUGGCUCCCAUGGCCUGGGUGGAGAGAAGGGGGCAUUUCAGGCUGUCUUCUCUUCCUUGCUCUCCCGCUUUGAGACCUUUGCUUGGCAAAGAGAUGCCAAACUAGGGAGGCUGGAGAAGCGUGUUUGAGCCUCUCCACAAGACCUGUGUCCUGGGUCCUAUCACCGGGGGUGUGGGCUGCAGAAGGGACCUCUGCCGGCCUCCAGUGACACGGGCAGGGUUGCUCCCCACCUGCCCUGGAGUCUGUCCUUUGCUGGGACAUCCCUAGAGGACUUAGUCCUUGGUCAUUUAGGGGCUCACUUUCUAGGUCCUCCACGUGGCCUGUCCCCAUUGUCACCAGCGCCCUCCCUCAGGCCCAGGGGGUGGGGGAUCUCUGGACCCUCAAUUCUUCCCCAAUGACCACUCUUUGACACAUACCCAGGCCAGGACCUAAGGGGGCCACUUGGAUCCUGGGCUUGUUUUCUGUGCUGUUACAAACUUCAGGGUGCUCAAAGCUGUCGAUCUGCCCUCUGGCUGGGCAUGCGGCUUGGGUGCCCCCUUCCUCCCUGCCUCCCACCCUGCCCCAAUCUGUACUGUCCAUUUGCAUAAGCACAGGUCCUAGAGUUUUGCCAGAAAAUGCAUUUACUUAAAAAAUAAUCUUUUUACUGCAAAAA